UGCUAUGCUGCACACGACUUCGAGUUGCAGUGAUUCGCCCGGAGGCCGAAGCUUUUAGUCCUCCUACCCACACGCCCUCUCAGUCCGGGCACCCCGCUCGGCAAGCCCAGCCCGUACCCGCUCCGGCCCUCCGGGAAGCCGGCGUCCCGGAGAAAUCACCAGGGACUACUUCGCCUCCUUCUCCCGCGGGCGCCCCCCGGUUCGGGCAGCGGCGGCGGCGGCGGAAGGAGCGGGCGGCUUGAGCGCUUCCGCCGCCCCCCUAGCGGCUCCCCUCUGGCGAGCGUGAGGAGCUGGCCCGCCGAGCUGCUGGUGGGCACUGGCUGGUGGGGGGCUCGCGGCCGCUGUCCUCGCUCUCCCGCCUCUUCUCGGGACCCUGCACCUCGGGCGCGCCGCUCUUCUCCGGCCCGGGUGCGGACGAUUGGUUCGCUCGCCCCUGCCUCACACGCGCCCCGCCGCCCCCUCCUCCCCCCUCUGGAGUCGUUCGGGCCGGAGCGUGUCUGGAGGAAUCCGCCGCCGUGAGGCCCCUCGCCCGCUUCUGCUAGUCCCGAAGGACCGGCCCGGUCGCCGCCGGGGGCUGAGCGGGCAGCCGGCGGCGAGGCGGGAGAUGGUGGGGUGGGCUCCGGCAGGACCGCGCCGCCGCCGCCCGGAGCCUGGGCUCGGCACCCCCCCGCCGGCCCCCACCGAGCGGAGCCCUGCUUCCUCCUCGCCGCAUCCCUGAGGGAAGCGCCGCCUCUGCUCCCGGGUUCUCCGCCCGCCCGCCCGCUCGCUCCUUCCUGGCCGGACCCCGCCGCGCUCCACCCCAGUGGCCGGAGGAGCCGCUCUCCAGUCUGCCUUCACAGCCCCCUUCCUUUUUUCCUUUGCUCCCAAUUCUCCCCGGCCUCAUCGGAUCUCUUGGUUGGGCGCUGAGGCGGGGGAAGAGGCUGGGGUCGCCACGGCGGAGGUUGUCGCCGCCACCCCCCUGCGGGGGUGGCCGGGGUUCCCGGCUGGGGGGGCACCGUUCCGGGUGAGGCAUCCACCAUGGUGAGGCCCCUGAGCCGCUGCCCCCGCGCCCCCCCGGCCGCCGCUGCCUCCUGCCCCUCGGUGCCGCUGCUGCUCCUCCGCCUGCUGUUGCUCCUCCAUCUCCAGAUCGGAUCACGGUGAGGGAAAGAUGAGCGAGGAGACGGCGACUUCUGACAACGAUAAUAGUUAUGCACGAGUGCGAGCUGUGGUGAUGACCCGGGAUGACUCAAGUGGUGGAUGGUUACCACUUGGAGGGAGUGGACUAAGCUGCGUCACUGUCUUCAAAGUCCCUCACCAGGAAGAGAAUGGCUGUGCUGACUUUUUUAUCCGUGGAGAGCGACUCAGGGACAAAAUGGUGGUUUUGGAAUGUAUGCUUAAAAAAGACCUCAUUUACAAUAAGGUCACUCCAACAUUUCACCACUGGAAGAUUGAUGACAAGAAAUUUGGCCUUACCUUUCAAAGUCCUGCUGAUGCUAGGGCUUUUGAUAGAGGCAUUCGAAGAGCUAUAGAGGAUAUUUCUCAAGGAUGCCCAGCAUUUAAAAAUGAAACUGAAGGAGCAGAAGACAACUUACAAGCAGCUGAAGAGGAUACUUCCAGUUCUCUAGUGAAAGAUCAUCCUUUCCAGCAAGAGACAGUUAUAACCAGUGAGCCUUACAGAAGCUCAAGACCUUCUCCUUUUGAAGAUCUGAAUGCCAGAAGAGUCUACCUGCAAAGCCAAGCCAAUCAGAUAAUGUUCAGUCAUCCAGGCCUAGACAUUCAGGGCAGAAGUAUAGAAUAUGUACAGCGGCAAAUACCCAAGGAAUGUGGAAGCCUAAAGUCCCAAAAUAAGGUCCCUUUGAAAUCAAUCCGACAUGUUAGCUUUCAAGAUGAGGAUGAGAUUGUCAGAAUAAACCCUCGCGAUAUCUUAAUACGUCGCUAUGCAGACUACAGACAUCCUGACAUGUGGAAAAGUGACUUGGAGAGAGAUGAUACUGACUCCAGUAUUCAGUUUUCUAAACCAGACAGUAAAAAAUCAGACUAUCUAUACUCUUGUGGGGAUGAGACUAAGUUAAGUUCACUCAAAGACUCUGUGGUAUUUAAGACACAGCCUUCCUCAUUAAAAUUUAAGAAGUCAAAACGAAGAAAAGAAGACGGUGAACGUUCUCGCUGCGUAUACUGCCAAGAAAGGUUUAAUCAUGAAGAAAAUGGCAGGGGAAAAUGUCAGGAUGCUCCAGACCCUAUUAAAAGAUGCAUAUAUCAAGUUAGUUGCAUGCUCUGUGCAGAGAGCAUGUUGUAUCAUUGUAUGUCAGACUCAGAGGGAGAUUUUUCUGAUCCCUGUUCAUGUGACACUAGCGAUGACAAGUUCUGCUUACGAUGGUUAGCCCUAGUAGCUUUGUCUUUCAUUGUACCAUGUAUGUGCUGCUACGUCCCUUUGAGAAUGUGCCAUCGUUGUGGUGAGGCGUGUGGGUGCUGUGGUGGGAAACAUAAAGCUGCUGGAUGAAAGCAUCCAGUGCCAAAAUGAGCUUAAAAUCUUUGUGUCCAGGAAUUAGCUAACUUGGAUUUGUGGAAGCUUUUGGCAAGCAUUAUGAAAUCUUGCCUGGUAUCAUUGGGGCCACACGUGGAGGAAGCAGAACUCAUCAGUUCUUGGCAUUUCACAAAUGCUAGCCAUGCCUAACUUUUUCCCUGGAGUGCAUGGCAUGUUUUGUUGCAGGUUCUAAAGAAUAUUUGCAAAAGGAAACCAUUUCUGGUUAUUGGCUAUAUAAAGUGAGCAUAAAUAUGAUCCAACUAAAAGGGAUUAAUUUUUUGGCAUUUUUGUAUAUUUAUGCAUUAGGUGAUGGGACUUUUAAAGGUUUGAAUUCAUUAAGAUAUAAACUUAAAGUGCACUAGGGGACAGUUGAUUUCAAUCUAAAAAAAGUUAACACUUGGGAACUGUAAGAAGUAAAACAAGUGCAACUAAAUCAUUUAUUAGUUGUUUUUUGAAAGCAGUUUUAUGUAUAAAUAACAAAUGUUUAUAUUUAACUAAAUAUAAGGUACGAAUUAUUACAUAUUAAACUUUUCCUCCCCUUCCUAGUUCUGAAGUAGAUGUACAUAUAUCUACUGUCACAUUCCAUUAUAUUUUGAAUAUUUUACUUAUCUAGUUAAUAACAUUUUUGUUCCAUGUGAAUGAUUUGAUAUUUUCAUUGUCAUUUCCCUUUGGCUACAGUUUAUAUUGAGUUAUAUCUGUACAUUCUGGUAAUCUAAAAUCCUUAAAAAAUAUUCUAAUAGCCUUGAGUGACCAACUUUUUUUUAAAGCACAGAUGUAAUUGUCUAAUGUUAUGAUGGGAACAUAACACUUAUUUUUAUAUGAAAAGAGACUGAGUAAACAUUAUAGAAAAAAGUAAGGUUUUGGGUUGUUGUUUUGUUUUUUGUGGUAUUCAACCAGCAAGUUGUUUUCUUUCAGAGUUUCCUCCUUCAAAAAAUUAUAUUGCAUUUACAAAUGUUUUACAAGGUGAAAAGUGUAACUGGAUAGUUAGAGUAAGUAAAGCAGUUUCCUCCUGAGAUUUCCACUUAUCAUUCUGCUAAACCAGAAUAUGUUCAGCUGUGUUACUAACUUUUUAGCUUAAUUCUCAGUGCUUAUUAUCACAUAACAAUGAUAACUUUUCUCAAUUGCAUUUUAUUUUAUUUAAACUGGCCAAAAGCAAAAUUAUUUUAUGUAAAGGAUGUGCUAAACUAUCCCAAGAAAGUAUUUAAUCCAGCAUUGUGAGUGAAAUAUCUUGUACGUAUAAAUUUAUUUCUUUUGCAGAGCAUUGUCUUACUGGAUGUUUUAUUUACAAAGUAGUUGGAUAAAUGUUCUAGCAAAUUGUUUGAAGUACUUUGGGGUCAAAUUGUCUUUUUUUUUUUUUUAAGUGUUACAUUAAAACUCUAACCAAGUAAGGGGUUCCUUAAGAACAUUCCCUUAAAGGGAAAAGUUGAGAAGUGUGCCUUUUUUUAAUGGCUUGAAGUUUCAGAAGUGAUAAAAAUUAAAAUCACACUACUGUUAGAAGCUCAUUUUCUAUGCAGGUUUUUAAAUGUCAUUUAUGUAAUCAUUCUUUUUACAUAUCACACUUAAGCUUGUGUUAGCUUUCUUCUUUUGCCCCAGAUCAAACUGAACAAUGUA